AAUUAUUUAGGAUUAGAAGGUGGAAGAAGGAAGUAAAAGGAGUUAAGGAAGCAAGAGUGCGUUGUUGUUGUUGUAAGAGACGAGACGAAAGCAGCAGCAGAAGAGAAAGAGAAAGAGAAAAGCAUUUGGAUCUUAUCAAUGAAUACGACGUCGUUUAUGGACAAACAAAUAAUGGAUCUCACUCAUGGAGGAUCUUCUUCCAUUCACAAUUCCACCAACGACUUCGUCGACCUAAUCAAGCUUCGUCAACAACAACAACAUGAACAACAUGAAGAAGAAGAAGAAGAGGAAGAAGAUUCGUCCACUCUCAACAACAAUGGAGGAAUCAAUAAUACCGAUCACAUCCUUCCAAGCUACGAUUUCCAACCGAUUCGUUCACUCCCUGAUUCCAACUCCAAAAAAUACAGUUCUCUGGAUUCUUUUGAACCUGCAAAGGUGACUGUAGAAAAGGACCGGAACACUGUUGAUGCAGCAAUUUUGUUAGAGAUUGACCGAACCAUGAAGAGGCAUAUGGACAAUUUGCAUCAUGUUUUGGAAGGUGUUAGUGCACGGUUAACACAACUAGAAACCAGAACUCACCAUCUUGAGAGUUCUAUGGAUGAUUUGAAGGUAUCUGUCGGAAAUAAUCAUGGAAUUACUGAUGGGAAAUUGAGGCUGUUGGAGAAUAUUCUUCAAGAGGUGCAAACUGGGGUGCAAGAUAUCAAGGACAAGCAAGAUAUAGUGCAAGCUCAGCUGCAACUAGCAAAACUACAAGUUUCCAAGACAGAUCAACAAUCAGAAACUCAAACUAGUGUAAUAUCAGAUCCUGUGCAGCAAGUUUCAUCUGUAUCUGCAUCUGCUCCCCUUCAAUCUCAGCAACAUCUUCCUUCGCCUAUUAAUCUUCCACAAUCCAUUCCUGUCGGUUCUCCUCCUAAUGCACCUCCUCAACCUCCUCCUCAACAGGGUUUGCAACAUCCAGUUCAACUUCCAAAUCAGUUCUCUCAGAUUCCAAUCCCAACUGUUCCUCAGAGAGAUCCAUACUUGCCACCUCCUGUUCAAUCUCAGGAAAUCUCAAAUCAGCAAUACCAACUGGCUUUAUCUCAGCAGCCACAUCCUCAACCAGGAGUGCCUCCGCAUCAACAAUAUCAGCAGACUCCUCAUCCUCAGUACUCUCAGCCUGCACCUCAUCUACCUCAACUGCAGCCACCACAUUCAUCCGGAAAUCCACCUCAACUGCAAUCUUCACUAGGUCACCAUCUAGAGGAACCAUCUUAUGUUCCUUCUCAGAAUUAUCCUCCCAAUCUCCGCCAGCCACCAUCUCAGCCACCCAGCGGACACCCACCUUCACAACAGUUCUAUGGGACACCGCCCCAAGGCUAUGAACCACCAGCGAGUAGACCUGGUGCAAGUUACUCUUCUGGAUAUGGUACAUUAUCCGCGCCUGCUGAGCCAUAUCGAUAUGGCGGAUCAACUCAGUAUGGUGGUAAACAACCACAGCUACCUACUUCUUCGGUGGCUUCCAGUGGCGGAAGUGGCUACCCACAGCUCCCAACUGCCCGCAUACUCCCACAAGCAAUACCUACUGCAUCUUCAGUAAGUGGAGGUUCAGGUUCUCCUGGAAAUGGCAACAGGGUUUCUAUCGACGAUGUAGUUGAUAAAGUUGCUACUAUGGGAUUCCCUAGAGACCAUGUGAGGGCAACAGUUCGGAAGCUGACAGAGAAUGGUCAGUCAGUUGACUUAAAUACAGUGCUGGAUAAGCUUAUGAAUGAAGGUGGUGAAAUCCAGCAACAAAGAGGUUGGUUUGGUCGGUAACAUGGCGUUAACCAAUUGAACUUUGUAUAGUAGUAUCAUUUGUUUUGUGAUGAAGGUUUAUGUGGAAGGUUUUUUUUUUACCAUUUGUUCUUAUUUCUCGGAUAGUUGAUACUGUUAUGCUUUCUUGUGGUCCAGUUAAUGACUAUCUUGAUCUUGUGCUGUAUAUUUCAAUAAAUAAAAGUGGAUUUGGUAAGUUACUCUGAA